AUGAACAGGUCCAUUGAGACCUCCCCUGUGUUGGGGUUCAUUCUCCUGGGCCUCUCUGCCCACCCAAAGCUGGAGAAGACAUUCUUUGUGUUCAUCCUGCUGAUGUACCUGGUGAUCCUGCUGGGCAAUGGGGUCCUCAUCCUGGUGACCAUCCUUGACUCCCGCCUGCACACGCCCAUGUACUUCUUCCUGGGGAACCUCUCCUUCCUGGACAUCUGCUAUACAACUUCCUCAGUCCCCCUCAUCCUUGACAGCCUCCUGACCCCCAGGAAAACCAUCUCCUUCUCAGCCUGUGCAGUACAGAUGUUCCUCUCUUUUGCCAUGGGAGCCACAGAGUGUGUCCUCCUGAGCAUGAUGGCUUUUGAUCGCUAUGUGGCCAUCUGCAACCCCCUUAGGUACCCUGUGGUCAUAAGCAAGGCUGCCUACAUGCCCAUGGCUGUCAGCUCCUGGGCAGCUGGUAUCACCAACUCUGUGGUACAGACAUCCCUAGCAAUGCGACUGCCCUUCUGUGGGGACAAUGUCAUCAAUCACUUCACCUGUGAGAUCCUGGCAGUUCUAAAGUUGGCCUGUGCUGACAUCUCCAUCAACGUGAUCAGCAUGGUUGUGGCCAACAUGAUCUUCCUUGCACUCUCAGUCCUGUUUAUUUUUGUCUCGUAUGUCUUUAUCCUUGCCACCAUCCUGAGAAUCCCCUCAGCUGAGGGGAGGAAAAAGGCCUUCUCCACCUGCUCUGCCCACCUCACUGUCGUGAUCGUCUUCUACAGGACCAUCCUCUUCAUGUAUGGGAAGCCCAAGUCUAAGGACCCAAUGGGAGCAGACAAACAGGACCUUGCAGACAAACUCAUCUCCCUUUUCUAUGGAGUGGUGACCCCAUGCUCAAACCCAUCAUCUACAGCCUGAGGAACAAAGAUGUGAAAGCUGCUAUGAGGAACCUGGUGGC